AUGUCGUCUUCAGAGACCAUCUUCUCCUAUAUCAGCUCCCUCUAUUCAUACCUGAAAGGAGCAAUCGUGGCUUCCACUGGUCUCGCCGUGCUCCUCUCGGCAUUAUUGUACUUUAAGCAAUCAGAGCUCAUAUAUCCCAGAUCAGUACCUGCUGGCGCACGAACAAACGUGCCGACUCCCCAAGAAUUUGGCAUCGAUGACUGGGAGACAGUGGAGCUCAAGACGCCGGAUCGCGAGAUGUUAAGCAACUUUCUCUUGCGCACCUCGAAGAGGCCGCAGCUGGGUGUUACUGUGCUCUUCAUGCAUGGAAAUGCUGGCAAUAUUGGCCACAGACUACCAAUAGCCCGUGUGUUUAGUGAGCAAAUGGGGUGCCAUAUCUUCAUUUUGUCCUACCGAGGAUAUGGGCACUCUACCGGUCGUCCUUCUGAGAAGGGUCUGAUGAUAGAUGCCCAAACAGCCCUCAAUUACUUACUUACUGACCCCUCCACCGCCGGAACUUCGAUCUUCAUCUACGGACAGUCCCUCGGUGGGGCCCUCGCUAUUCAACUAGUCGCAAAGAAUCAAGACAAGGUCGCUGGUCUUAUUCUCGAGAAUACUUUCCGUUCAAUCCGGACGCUUAUUCCAACUGUUUUCCCUCCCGCGAGGUAUCUGGCGAGGCUGUGCCAUCAGAUUUGGCCCAGCGAGGCCACACUUCCAGCAAUCAAAGGAGUGCCGGUUCUGUUCCUCAGCGGCUUGAAAGACGAACUUGUUCCACCAUCUCACAUGAAAACCCUGUACAACGUGUGCACAUCCACCAAACUCUGGCGCGAAUUCCCCGAAGGGACACAUAACGACACCUGUGCGGAAGAAAACUACUUCGAUUACAUCCAUGAUUUUAUCAGCGACAUUAAAUCCGGCCAUUCUAUGGAUGAAAUAAAGCCCGCAUCAGAUGAUGUCAAAAAGAUCUAA